AUACAGUAUCCAGUCCCAAGGAGCCUAUGCGCCAUGGUCCCUGCCCGAGCAGAUCUUCCGGAAUAGAUCAAUACCUGCCCAAGGUGAGGAAGGUGACACCUUCGUCGAUUUGCUGGAUGCAAUUUGCUGGAAAGCAAUAGAUUAUUUGCAAACAUCGUAGAGGGGGAGGUUGGCAACGUUCGUCCUGUGCCCUUUGCAAGUGCUUUUUGGCAUAAGCUGGCUGCCCAGCUGUUGGAUUUCAAGCUGCAGCUGCGCAACUCGGAAUCGAAUGCAGAACUCGACGGAAGGUCCGGUCCUGUGGAACUUGGGAGGUGUGGCCUCUCACCAUUUCUGGGCGUUGUCUUGUGUGGCUUCGAACUCGCCGCCAAGUCGGACACACCACUCCGGGUGGCCUUUCCAGACGGUGCGCGGGUGUUCCACUUGUGCCGUUCGUGCGCGGGGGUUCCACUGCGCAGGCGCGCAACCGCGCGUUGUUGGCCAAGUAUGCUGGACGCAUGGAUCGUGUGGUGGAGGCCCUUUGCGGAAGUUGACCUGGAGCAUGCUGAGCGACUCCUUCUGUUCGAAAGAUGUUCUACUUCGGAGAGCAGUUUGGGGCACUUGGUUGUCCAUGCUGUAACUUCCAGCGACUGCGACUAGUGCGCAUGCCCUGCCACAUGAAGGACUUCUCAACAAUGUAAUGAUGAUUUUUGCCGUCUAUGUGGUGUGGAUAUUCUUCAGUGCUCUGAAAGGUUUCCUUCAGCCCAGCACAGGUGGGUUGCCAUCAGAAAUCCGUGCCCUCCUAAC